GGAUACAGAGACUGCUUGAGCGCCAUAUUGGAGUGUAACUAACUAGCUAUUGUUAUAAAUAGGGUCGGGGCUGCUGCUGGCUGAGUUUACAUGUUUUCUACAAGUUUGUUCUAAGGAAAAGAGAAAGUUAUCGGUGGGUCAUGAAAGAAAUGUCAGCGAACAGUAACAGUAUGCAUGGCGGGCAGCAGCCUCAGAAACACUAUGGCAUUACCUCAUCCAUUAGCAUGGCCUUCCCCAGGGAGGUGGACCAUCAGUACACACACAAGCUCAGCGAGGCCAUGAAACCCUUUGGGGUGUUUGAGGAUGAGGAUGAACUCAACCACAGACUCGCAGUUCUUGGGAAGUUGAAUACAUUUGUCAAGGAAUGGAUUGCCGAGAUCAGUGAAACAAAGAACCUCCCACCAUCGGCGAUAACCAAUGUGGGGGGAAAGAUCUUCACCUUUGGGUCUUACCGGCUUGGAGUUCACACUAAAGGGGCGGAUAUUGAUGCCUUGUGUGUAUCGCCGCGGCACGUGGAGAGGACAGACUUCUUCGACUCAUUCUUUGCAAAGCUCAAACUGCACGAAGAGAUCAAAGACCUACGGGCGGUGGAGGAUGCCUUUGUACCUGUGAUCAAAUUCAAGUUUGACGGCAUCGAGAUUGACCUGCUGUUUGCGCGGCUGGCUCUGCAGUCCAUCCCAGAUAACCUGGAUCUGAGAGGAGACUCCCACCUGAGGAACCUGGACAUCCGCUGCAUCCGCAGCCUCAAUGGCUGCAGAGUGACAGAUGAGAUCCUGUACUUGGUACCAAACAAGGAGAACUUCAGACUAACCCUGAGGGCCAUCAAGCUGUGGGCUAAACGCCGUGGGAUCUACUCCAACAUGUUGGGCUUCCUGGGUGGAGUCUCCUGGGCCAUGCUGGUAGCCAGGACCUGCCAGCUCUACCCCAACGCUGUGGCCGCCACUCUCGUACACAAGUUCUUCCUCGUCUUCUCCAAAUGGGAAUGGCCAAAUCCUGUGCUUUUGAAACAGCCCGAAGACAGCAAUCUGAAUCUACCUGUUUGGGAUCCACGAGUGAAUCCGUCAGACCGGUACCACCUGAUGCCCAUCAUCACGCCAGCCUACCCCCAGCAGAACUCUACCUACAACGUCUCCUCUUCCACACGCACCAUCAUGAGCGAGGAGUUCAAAUACGGUCUCAGUGUUACAGAUGACAUCCUUCAGGGGAAAACCGACUGGUCCAAACUGUUCCAGCCACCCAACUUCUUCCUGAAGUACAAGCAUUAUAUUGUUCUGACUGCCAGUGCAUCCACAGAAGAAAACCAAUUAGAAUGGAUUGGUCUGGUGGAGUCUAAGAUCCGUGUCCUGGUGGGGAACCUGGAGAGGAAUGAGUACAUCACCCUGGCACACGUCAACCCCACAUCCUUCCCCGGGAACAAGGAGAGCUGUAGCGAGAACGAGUUUGUCUCCAUGUGGUUCAUUGGAAUCAUCUUUAAGAAAGUGGAGAACGCAGAGAGCGUCAACAUCGACCUGACCUACGACAUCCAGUCCUUCACAGAUACAGUUUACAGGCAGGCCAACAACAUCAACAUGCUGAAGGAUGGGAUGAAGAUCGAAGCGACACACGUGAAGAAGAAGCAGCUCCACCAGUACCUUCCUGUUGAGCUGGUGCAGAGGAAGAAGAGGAGCAUAGUGGAGCUGAACCGGAACUCCAACGGCGGGAGUUCCAAGCGGUCCUCUCUCGACGGCAGUCAGCUGGACAGUUCCAGAGACACUGACUCCGGGACUCCCUUCAGCUCUCCCACCUCCGUCUGCAAGCCGUCCAGGCCGGCUGCCUCAGACACAGACGACAGUUUGACACCCCCCAAGCUGCCAGCCUCUCUGUUUGUGGAGAACAGCUCCUCGGUGCCAGACGUCUCUCCACCCAGGGCUGAUCAGGAGAAGGGGUUGUCCAUCCCCGUCAUUGGAUCAAAGUCCAAGCCCUCUGCCCCAACGGGCCCAGUCGGUAGCACCAUUCCUACAGUAGUGGGUAGGAGCGUGGUCUCUCUCCCUGGCAGUACCAGCACUACAGAGCAGAACCAGAACGGCUCCAAGAGACUCCACUCCCCUACGCUGGAGGAUCAGUCCAAGAGGCUGAAAGACAGCGCAGAGCCGCUGGCUGAUGUCUUGACCUUCAAGGAGCCGUUCCCUCCGUCUGGCGACGGCAGGGAGCAAGGGGACGGAGUCCAAGUGGUGAGUCCUUCAGCAGGCAGCACCAUUCCUACAGUAGUAGGCAGGAGCGUUGUACCCUGCCUGGGCUCCUCUAGAGAUACAUCCAGCCCGACAGAGCAGAACCAGAACGGAGCCACCGCUGCAGCCAAGAGACCUCACUCCCCCACACAGGACGGACCCCCCAAGAGGAUACGAGACCCUGCAGAUCUGCUGGAAUGCAGUGUCGUCACCGGACACAAGGAGCCGUUCCCUUUGUCUAGCGACGGCCAGGAGCAAGGGGACGGAGUGAACGUUGAAAGUCUUGGAGGGGUAAAGGCUAUGCCUAUUCCAACUAUCGACACAUCAAGAACACAGAGACUUCCCAGUAUGGAGCUGCCAGACGUGACCUCUCCCCUCCCCAGCAGUAACCACCAGCGGGUGGUUAAGAACUCCAUCAGACUAGCCCUCAACAGGCACAGGUAACCCCAGGUAACGCCCCCCUCCCCAAACCCCUUUCUUCACGAGGCCAGGACCUACAACACUGACUAGCUCCAGACCUGAUCCCAAAUCAAGACUACUGUGGUAAAACCUAGUGAGGAAGCCGACUUUUAACUCUCCCGCUCACCCCACCCUGUCACUGGACGAUGUGCAACGACAGUCCCUUGUUCCCCCCCAAAAAAUGUCAUCUCUGUUUCUAUGGUCCUUCCCAGUUGAGCCUGAAGCAGAAAUUAAAAUGCUGAUUUAAGAUUGGGUUGGAGAAGAGUUGGAUUUAUUUAUUUAUUUUGUGUAAAUUCCCCCCCCCCUCUUCCUUUACUGUGUGUAGUUUUAAAUGGCCUUAACGUGUCGAUGCUUGCUACUACACCUGUCUGUACCAUCCUGAUGUUUUGACAAAUGGAGAAGUUCUACAGUAGGUGUAGUUUAUUGUACAUAGCUCGUCUUUAAAAAAAAAUAGAAAAAAAGAAUCACAGACGUUUAGUCUAAUCCAUACAGCUGUUAUACUUUUAUGAUCUAAAAUUAAAAAUUAAAAAAAAUGUUUAAAAAAUGUAUUGUCCCCCCCCACACUGUUUGUCAACCACAUUACAACGUGACCUUGAUAGCCAAUCUCAGCCUUCCCACCCAGUAGACUCAGCAACUUGGGUUGUGUUCAUUUGGGCCCAACAUAUGAAAAUGUUUUGCAACAGAAAUGAGCAUUCCUUUUGGAUAAGUUCAGAUGGUACCUCCCUUUUUUUUUCUUCCUGUAUAUUCCCCCUCUAGGUUAACAGGACCUCCUGUGUAUGCCCCCCCUCUAGGUUGGUUAACAGGACCUCCUGUGUAUGCCCCCCUCUGGGUUGGUUAACAGGACCUCCUGUGUAUGUCUCUCUCUCUCGCUCUCUCUCUCUCUCUACUAGGUUGGUUAACAGGACCUCCUGUGUAUAUCCCUUCCUCUUGGUUAACAGGACCUCCUGUGUAUGCUCCCCUUCCCUCUAGGUUGGUUUACAGGGCCUCCUGUGUACAUCCCUUCCUCUUGGUUAACAGGACCUCCUGUGUAUAUCCCUUCCUCUUGGUUAACAGGACCUCCUGUGUAUAUCCCUUCCUCUUGGUUAACAGGACCUCCUGUGUAUAUCCCUUCCUCUUGGUUAACAGGACCUCCUGUGUAUGCCCCCCCGCCCCCUCUAGGUUGGUUAACAGGACCUCCUGUGUACGCUAUCCCUCCCUCUAGGUUGGUUUACAGGGCCUCCUGUGUAUGUCCUCCCUCUUCGUUAAAGGGCGUCCUGUAUGUUCUCUCUCUCAAGCUUUGACACCCACUAGAAUAGAGAACCAACUCUCCUGGAGAUCUACUGGGUAUUGUAGGCUUUUGCUCCAGCCCUGCACUAGAUUCACACACCUGAUACAGCCAACCAGGGUCCUGAGGGGCAGAUCAUUAGUAGAAUCAGGUGUUUUAUAGUAGGGUUGGAACACAACCCUGCAUGCGGUAAGCUACUGUUCCCCAGGCAGCUCUAGAACCCAGGGAAUGUACUAAACAUGAGGGACUGGAUGGUUGUGUUGCGCUAGCAGGGUCAUGGUUGUGAAGUGGUUCACAGCUGGAUUUGUGUUACAGAAAGGGUUUCAAGCUUUUGCUGGUGUGUGGUGUGUGGUGUGUGUGUGUGUGUGAGGAUGUUAGUGUGUGUGAGGAUGUUAGUGUGUGUGAGGAUGAGUGUGUGUGUGAGGAUGUGUGUGUGUGAGGAUGUUGAGGAUGUGUGUGUGUGAGGAUGUUAGUGUGUGUGUGAGGAUGUUAGUGUGUGUGUGUGUUGUAAUUCCCUCAGUGUGGGGUGUUGAUCCUCUGCACCUCCCGUGGAGGUUCUUAAACAUGGCGUCUCCUGGGGUCAUCCUGGGCUGAGUCCCAAAAAGCACCCUAUUCUGCCCUCUAGGGAAUAGGGUGCAAUUUCAGAUGCGGUCUAGUCGAGGAGUUGACCUCUCAAAUCAAAUUUCAGGACUCAUACUCACAAAAUUUCUGAGUACGAGUGCUGAUUUUAGGAUCAGGUCCCUCUUGUCUAUAUAAUGUUGUUCGUUUUUAAGCAAUCAGGCACGAUUGUGUGGUAUACGGCCAAUAUUCUGCGGCCAUGGGCUGUUAUGCGCAACGCGGAGUUCCUGGAUACAGCCCUUAGCUGUGGUAUAUUGUCCAUAUACCACAAACCCCCGAGGUGCUUUAUUGCUAUUAUAAACUGAUUAUCAACGUAAUUACAACAGUAAAAAAUAAAUGUUUUGUCAUACCCGUGGUAUACGGUCUGAUAUACCAUGGAUGUCAGCCAAUCAGCAUUCAGGGCUUGAACCACACAGCUUAUCGGAUUUAAACGUCAAAACCAACUGUGGUGCUCUGAGGCCCUUUUGAGUACAAGCUCUGCUCUCCGUUAAACAGUGAUCUCUCUCUCUCUCUCCAUUCUACCCUGGUUUGGUGUACAGAAAGCAUCUGCUUGCAUCCCAAAUGGCACCCUAUUCCCUACAUGGGGCUCUGGUCAAGAGUAGUGCACUAAAUAGGGAAUAGGGUGUCAUUUGGGACUCCACCCUAUGUAUUAUAACAGGCGUAUUCUCUUCAUAUUCAUUUGUUUUCUUAUUGCUUUGUGUGUAUUUGUAUGAUCUGUUCUGACAGCUGAAGGCUCUCAAUGACUUUUACACCACUCUGUUUUCCAACAACUUUCUCUGUGCUUUUUGAGAAACAAUUAACAGGUCAUUUAUCAGUUUUUUUUUUUGUAGGGCAACAAGUUGUAUUGGAAAAUGUAUUUUUGUAUGUAUUGUCUAUCACCUUUAAAAGAGACCAUUAAAUCCAUAAAACCCCUA